AUGAGUUUGAUGUCAAAAUUAAAAUUAAAACCAACGGGUCCAAUUUAUCCAUGGAUUCAAAUUAAUAAACUUGAUGAUUACAAUCCUUUUCCACGUUAUGGACAUUCAUCAAAUGAAUGCGCAAUUAAUAAUCAAAUAUUUAUAUUUGGAGGUAUUGUUGAAGGAGAGGCUCAAAAUGAUGUUUUUGUAAUAGAAACAGAUAAAAUGCGUGCAUAUAAGUUUAUAACAUCAGGAGAUAUACCAUAUCCACGGAGCGGGCAUACACAUGUUAAUAUCGGGCAUAACAUGAUAGUUUUUGGUGGAUUGCUUAAAUAUCCUUCAGAAAGUCCUACCGAUUUUAUCUAUGUACUCAAUACUGAUUCAAAACAGUGGUCAAAAUUUUCAUUUUCUGAAAAGCAUUCUCUUACACAACGUCACGGCCAUUCAGCAACUGUCAUUGGGACGACCAUGUAUAUAUUUGGUGGCCAAAAUUUCAAAGGAAUUUAUUUAAAUGAUUUGAUCGCAUUUGAUUUAACUACCAUGGAAUCAAAAAAUUUAAGUUGGAAGUUUAUUUGUCCUUCGAAUAAUUCACCGCCUAGCAGGGCUGGGCAUAUUGCAUGCGCAUAUAAGGAUAAUAUUUACCUUUUCGGUGGAACUGAUGGGACUCAAUGUUACAAUGAUAUAUGGUGUUAUGACACACAAACCAAUUCUUGGUCUGAGAUUUCUUCAACUGAAUUUAAUCCAUUUCCACGUUGUUACCAUAAAUCUGCACUUGUAGAUGAUAAAAUUUAUAUUUUCGGAGGAAUGACAAAUGAUGAUAAAGAAUUAUCUGAUUUGACUGCAUUCAGAAUAAACCAAAAAGCAUGGCAUAUAUUUCAGAAAAUGGGGCCUACACCAAGUCCUUGCCAUGGACAUACAAUGACUGCAGUAGAUAACAAAGUUUUCAUUCUUGGUGGUGAAUCUAUACAUUCGAAAGGAAUAAUCAAUAUCUUGGACACAUCAAAAAUAAAAUUUCCUACCGGAACUUACCUUAAUUCAUUAUCAGAACAGCAUCUUCAACGGAGAUCAUCUGAACCCAUUAUUUCCAUAUCAAAUAAACAAUUGAUUCAAACUCGAGAAUCAUCAAAUUGUACUAAUGAACAAAGCAGUAACGUUAAUACAAAGAAUCAAAGACCUAUAUCUCGGGCGUUAAUAACGUCACAAAUAACAAAUUUGCAAGGUUCUCUAACUAGACCAGGUGGUCCAAAACGUCAAGUGAAAAGUCCUUUGGAGAAAAUAGCCGGAUCUUUACCAGAGAUUGAAGAAAACCAAACUAUCGAAGAAAACCAAUCUAUUGAAAUUUCUAUGGAUAAUACAAAAGUAAUAGAAAAAGAUAAAUUUCCGGAAACUUUUGAUAAUAUGUCAACAAAAAACGCGAAUUUAGAAUUUGAUAAUAUAAACAUUUCAAAAUUCCAAAAAGGUACACUUGAGAAAAACUUAAAACCUACAUCUGAUAAAAAACAAUUUCCGAUUAGACAUAGUAUUCAUACAACAACCCUUCUGAAACCACAAGGCGCUCGAACUUUGUAUCAAACACCAGUUUAUACUUCAACACUUUCAACCAAUUUUCAAAAUGAUACAUCUACUAUUAAUAUACCUUCAAACAUUUUUAAGGAUAGUAAUAUUAAUUUUUUUCCAAUAUUCCCAGAUAUAUCACAUCCGACAUCUCCCAAUGAUUCAUCCAAUGCUUAUACUCGAUAUUCUGAUGAUCUUUCAAAUGAGAAUCGAGAAAGUUAUAUGGAAAGACUUCAAGAACAAGAUAUUAUGAUUUCUGAAUUUAAAAAACGUGAAAGUUGGCUUAAAUCGCAAUUAGAAUUUGCUAAAAAGAGAGGAUUUACUCCAGAUUCCUCUAACAAUGAUUUAGAUAAUGAUAUUAACUCUGAAAAAUCGGUGGAUGUUGAAAAGAUGGGAUCCGAAAAAUUCUCGAUUAUUCGGUUUAUUAUUCAAUUAAAUCAACAAUUGCAGCAAGCAAAGGAAGUUGCAGCAAAUCAAUCAAAAUUAGCAUCAAAAAAGAUAUCAAAUAUUGAAUCAAAAGUUGAAAAAUCAUUAAAUUUAUUAAAUGAUAUUCAAUCGAUUAAAGAAAAUUUACUUCAAAUAAAAAAACAAAUAGGAGAAUCAAAGCAAGUAGUUAUAAAACCAGAAUAUAAUAUUGAAAAAGACAAUAUAUCACAAAAAAAUGUUACGAGAAUUGAAGAUCAAAGUGAAGAGGAAAGAUCUCCCCAAAAAAUCUCUGAAUGUUAUUAUGGUCAAAGUGAAGAAGCAAGUCCAUCUAAAGAAUUCUCAGAAUGUUAUGAUGAAUUAGAGAUAUCAUAUGAAAUAGCUGAAAUCGAAGAUAUGAUUCGUUUGGUUGAAUCAAAAGCGGCAGGAACGCAACAACAACUAAAAGAAAUCAAACAAAAGGCAAAUAAAAUUGGAUCGGAUUACCAAAUGAUACAUAUGUAUUCACAAAGCACAGAAAAGCUAAUGAAAAUAAUUAAAGAUCAAUUAAUUAACACAAAUAAAGAAGGACUAGAUGAAAAAAUUAAAAAAACAAUUAAUUCUCAUGAUAAUGUUAGGACUUCAAUAUUGCAAGAUUAUGUAAGUCAGCAGUCAUUAAACCAACAGCUAAAAUUUGUCAAAAAAGAAAAAGAUUUAGUAAAUCAGGAAUACGAAGAAUUGAAGAAAAUGUAUGAACCUUUAAAUAAUGAAAAUGAAACGUUGAAAAAGUCGAAUGAACUUUUAAGACAAGAAAUUUUGGCGUAUGAAAAGAUGAAAGAAAAUCUUGAACAGGAGAUAGAACGAACAAGGUCUUCCAUUGAACAACAAGAAAUUUUAAAUAAAGACAAAGAUGACGAUCUCGCCGAAGAACAAUGGGAAGAAGAAAAAUCAUUAAAAGAAAGUGAAAUUAAUUUAUAUCGAGAAAAAAAUAAUAAAUUGCUCACCACUAAUGAAGAAUUAGAGCAAAAAUUGAUCAAUUCUGAAAACAAAGUUGCCAUGUUACUUGAUCAGAUGGAAAGUAUUAUUGAAGUUUAUCGAUCAAUUGGUGAUGUGUUUGAUAUACAUCAUGAAGAAGAAUUAUCUACGGUAAACUUUGAAAUUCAAGAACCCAAAACGUCUGAAAUUAAAGAUGACUAUUUUGAUAAUUUGGUAAAGGAAAAAUAUCCAGAUCUUCCGAAUUUUGUUUUACCAGAAUAUAGAUCAUCACCUACGGGUACAGAAUACUCUGAAAUCAUGUCUUUUGAUGAAAACGAUUCUGAUGCCAUUGAUAUUAGUAAAGGUGGUGACCAAAUUCCUCAAAUUCCCGCAUUGGAGAAUUAUGUUCUUUGA